GAGAUUAUUCGCACUCGCCAUGUGAAAUUCCAUGAGUGGUUUAAAUCCCAUGUGGCACAACUAAUUGCGAAUGGUGAAGAUAUUUCUGAAGAGAUUCGAACUUUAGCUAAUGGGCCCUUCUCAGCUGCAAGGAAAUGUAAUAGCUAUACCAUAGAUGGGUACAAUUUCCACACGAAGUCCUAUGAUGAGGGUAGACCUACCCAAAGCAGUGGGGUUGCUCUUGUCUCUCAAAUUCUGUCCCCCUCAUGUGAAGAUAGUGAAAAUCAUAUGGUCACAAAUAAAAUAUAUUAUGGUGUGAUAACCGAAAUUCUUGAGUUAAAUUAUAACAACAAAGGAAGUAUUGUGCUUUUCAAAUGUGAUUGGGUUGACAACCGUGCACAAGACAAGUGGGUUCAAGUUGAUUAUUUGGGUGUCACGCGUGUGAACUUCAAGCAUUUACUCAAGUCUGAUGAACCUUUCAUUUUGGCAUCUCAAGCAACUCAAGUGUACUAUGUGCAAGAUGAUCUUGAUAAAGAUUGGUGUUUUGUUAGAAGUUUUCCACAUCCACGAGACCUUUAUGAUAUGUUUGAAGCGGAAGAUGGUGCUUAUGACCAGCAUGAUGCACCUAGAGUACCAAUCCCUGAUCUAGAUGCCAAUGUAGAUCUCAGUGUUGAUGUUAGAAAUAUACCAUGUAGUAGGACAGAUAUAGAUGGAACACUCAUUCGUGCAAUUCAGCAACCAAAGAAAAAGAAUGGAAAAAGGAAGAGACGAGGACAAUGUUCAAGAACGAGAGGAAGAGAGGCUAGCAAGAAUUAGAGCAAGAAACUGCGAGGAAUUUGAACAAUUUGGUCGCUUUAGAUUUUCAAAUAUAAAUGAAGAAAAUGGAGGCCCAGCUAGUCAGCGACAAACUAAAAGGAAGAAGAGCACUGCAGAAAAGCCUAUUGUUGAAGUAACUCGAGUCCUUAGGUCCCAAACGACUAGAGAUGUUGAAGAGAUGCCUUGUGACAACAUCCAAGAGGAUGAAGACCAUGAGUUGGGUCAAGAAACAAAAGGGAAGAAGGGCAAAAAGCGCACUAGAAUGCAUAAUGUGUAUGAUAGAUUGGGGACAGUGCCACCAAUUCGUGUACAAUACAAUGAAGAUGGACAACCAGUUGGGGACAAUGCCUCGGAGUUUUCCAACUUCAUCUCCACACUUGUGAAAUGUAAAAUAUCUCUUAGGCACACUGAUUGGAGAAAGGUUGAAGUUGAGCAAAAAAUUCAAUUAUGGACAACCUUAAAGAUGUAUUAUGUUGUGGAUGACAAACUUAAGGAUUAGGUCAUGGGAAGCGCUGCCAAGAAAUGGAGGGAUUUCAAAUCAUAGUUGAAGACUUUGUAUUUGGAUGACAAGACUGAUGAGGAACUCCAAGUUGUCCCUGAUAAUAGAGUUAGCCCAACAGAUUGGGAAGAACUUGUUGCCUUUUGGAAAAGUGAAAGAGGGAAGAAACGUAGCCAGCAAGGGAAACAAAACCGAAAGGAGAUGAAAUUAUUGCAUACAUUAGGCAGUAAAAGUCAUGCUCGUGUUUCUCAUGAAAUGAAUGGAUAUCCCCCUCAUAGACAUGAAGUGUUUAUGGAAACACACAAGUGCAAGAAGACCGGUGCCCCUUCAAGUGUUGCUGCAACAAAUAUGUUU